UCUGUUUUGGGUCCUUUCUUUGGUUCCUGGUCCACGUCUUCAAGGAAGUAUUUGACGACUAUCGUGAUGGAGGCGGGUUGAUCGUGCGCCGACUGAAAAGACGGCAUCUCUCUGUUCACCCCAGUUUUAAGAGAAACGGCCCUGAAGAGUACGCUGUUUUGAGCUAUUUAAGAACACAAUCGCCGUUAGAGUUCCCCCCCGAGACUGCCCGCAGCGCUGUAAGGAUGUCCUGGUUUGCUGACCUGGCCGGAAAAGCAGAAGACUUUCUGAAUAAAGUGGACCAGGGAGCAGCUAGUGCUCUGACUAAACACCAGAAUCGAGCUGCCAUAUCAUAUGACACCACAGAUUCUUCUGUUGGCCCCUACAGCACUACACAUACUCCUUCUCCCCCAGCACAGCAGCACAAUUCCCAAGAUGCACCUGGAUUCAUUACAGCUGCUGCAAGCAACAUUAAAAGGUCCAAGGCCACACUUCUGGCAGGCACAGCAAACGUGUCUUCGGCAGGCACCAUCAAGGCUUCCUCCAACUUUGUCCGACCCAAGAAGGCAGAACCAAAUGAUGACAUUCUUUUUGACUUCCUGAACAGCACUGACCCGGCAUCAAGCAGAAAGCGGGAUACCAAGAAGGAACAGCCUAAAGUGGGGAUUGGUAGCCAGAUGGCUGUAGCGGAGGGAGCUCCCUCUACACCUUCUGGUGCUGGCCCUGCUCCUCCUUCUGCCCCUUCCACACCCCCCUCCAACCGGGGUCUGUCUCGGACUUCUAGCCUCAGUUCCUUAUCCGCCAGCACUCACAGUGUCAAGACCUCAGAGGACGGUUCCUCCAAAGACCAAAGCCAAGACACACCGGAGAGCUCAGAUUCAGGGCUACCAGGGUCACAGGAACCUCAUCAAGAAGACCAGAUGCCUGUGGAAGAGGUGCCAGGUCAAGUGAUGUCCAGCCUGCGCUUGGAAAACCAACUUCUACGCAGUGAAGUGGCAUCACUUAAUCAGGAGAUGGCAGCACUCAUCCAAAGAGCAAAAGAUGCACAGGAGGAGCUGAAUGUAGCCCAGGCUCGUACAGACAAGUGGAACUCGGACCAGUCGCGGACAGACCGCACUAUCAGGGAGCUGAGGUCACAGGUUGAUGACCUGAAGGAAGCCUUGUCCGCCAAAGAUGGACAACUGGCAGUUCUGAAAGUCCGACUUGAAGAGGCAGACCAUCUACUCUUAUCCCACAACAAGGCCCUUGAGGCUGCUCAGACAGAGAGGUCCAGAAUCCUGCAGGACCACACUGAAGGGAGUAAAAUGCACUCACAGGCCCUGGAGACCCUGCAGGAGAGGUUACGAGAAGCUGAAACUGCACUUCGAAGGGAGCAGGACAACUGUCGACAAAUGCAGAGUGAAUUUUCAGAACGUUCCACCAAGAUGGAGGGCGAGAAACAGGCCCUGGUGGAGGCAGUGACUGCUGCAGAGAGACGGGCCACGGAGGAGAGACGAAGGGCUGAAGAACAGCAGCAGCAGCUAAAAAGUGCACGCUCUGCUACUGAAAUAGCCAAACAAGAGCUGCAGGACUACAAACACAAGGCCUCACGCAUCCUGCAGUCUAAGGAAAAACUGAUCAGCAGCCUGAAGGAAGGUUCUGGGCUGGAGGUCCUGGAGGGUGGUGUGGCAGGAAGUCUGGAGCUAGAAGAGCUGCGGCAUGAGAAGGAGCUGCAACGAGAAGAGAUCCAGAAGCUCCAAGGCCAGAUCCAAUCGAUUCGUGCAGAGAUGCAGGACUUGGAGGUGCAGGCACUAGCUGAGGCAGAGACCUGGCGGGAGCAGCAGCAGGAGUUGCGGGAACAGCAGCUCCACCAGGCCCAAGCUAAACAGGAGGUGCAGGCUGAACUGGAACGCUGCAAGCAGGAAUUGCAGUACAUGGAGGAAGAACACCACCGGACCAAAAGCACUCUCCAAAGCAGGAUCAAGGACCGUGAGGAAGAGAUCCAGAAACUCAGGAACCAAAUUACCAAUAAGACGCUGAGCACCAGUAGUCAAGCAGAGCUGGAGAGCCGUCUCCAUCAGCUGACAGAAACCUUGAUCCAGAAGCAGACCAUGCUGGAGGCUUUAGGCACAGAAAAGAGCUCAUUGGUCUUCCAGCUGGAGCGUCUGGAGGAGCAAAUGAAAAGAAUGCAGGGAGGCCAGGUCAACGGGCCAGCCAUCAACAUGGGCAGCGUGGAUGGACCGGGUGUGCGCCCGCGGAAUGUGCCGGUCCUCUUCAGUGAUCAAGAAGGACCUGCUGCUGGGGUGUACGGCAAAGUGCGCAAGGCAGCCAGCACCAUAGACAAAUUCAGCAUUCGACUGGGUAUAUUUUUGCGGCGGUAUCCUGUGGCCAGAGUCUUCGUAAUACUCUAUAUGGCAUUGCUGCACUUAUGGGUCAUGAUUGUCCUUCUAACAUACACACCAGAAAUGCACCGUGCUCAUCCUGAUGGAAGAUAGGUUUGACAAAUGGUUAGCUGAUUAAUGUAGGAUCAGUAAAUAAAUAACCUGAGAGACUAUCAAGCUGCUGAGCUCCAGUUUAAACCUUCCUUCAAGGAAGGGAAAACUUGUUCCUGCAAAUUGCACAAACUUGGGACCCAGAGGUGAAGUUUCUCCCUCCAGCCUCUGUGCUCUAAAAUGUCUCAAAAGUCAUAUAAACUUAACUAAAAUUAUACCCAGAGAUGCUAAUAAAUUAUCCUGAAGAUCAGAUUUUGUUUGUUCAUUUUCUCUACAUUUUUUUUUCCCCAUUUGAUUUUCAUUUGUUUUCCCCUGUAGAAACUGAAUUAACUGUAUGAAAUUUAACUUUUAAUAAACA